AUGAAAAGUGGAUUCUUGUUAAAGUUGUUUAAUUCUUGUUAAAGUAAAGUUCUUGCUACAGUUGCCAAUUCCCUUUCUUCUUUCUCCCUCUUCCCUUCCAUAUUCUCUUUCCUCCCCAUCCCUCUCCUCUUUCCCCCUCCCUCCCCAACUGUAUCAGAAGAAUCUGCUUGUUUAUUGCAGAUUUCGAACAAAUUUUUUUCCUUGCAGAUGCAGCUAACGCGAAAGCUUAACAUCAAAUUCAGGAAUAUGCGUAAGCGCUCCGUCAGCCCGUCGGUCGUCGAGUUCCGGGAAGAGCGCUCAAAGAAGCGACAGCAGUAUCGCCAAGUAACGGUGGCGAAACUGCCUAACUACAACCUACCGGUGGUCAACACUGCAACGACUGAUGAGGGGCUGAUCAAUCUAAUGAAGUUUGACAAGAAUGCUGACACUCAUGAGCUGAUGAUCAGCACGUUCCCUCGCCGCAGACAGGAACUGCUGGGGACGAAAGGACGGCGCGGCAUGACCAUGGCGGCUUUGAAGCGCCGGUUCCCGGCGCUAUUCACGUUUGAACAGACAGCGCUGCGGAGACUCUGUUGCGCGUCUUGGGGGAGUAUGAGCAUGUUCUCCCCGAGGACGCGCCCCGACGCCCCCACGUGAAGAAGGAAGACGAUGAAGAGGAGGAGCCACGGUACACUGUCUGGGUGGAGGGCUUCAGCAUCGGAGAGGCGGGCAGCCUGGUCGACGCCCUCACCCUGUGGGCGUGUGCCUUCUUCAUCUUUCAUCAAAAAACCGGCCGGCUGCAGAAAAACACAUGCUGGUUCAUGCGGUGCUAUAUCCUAGACCUACCUGUGGAAAAGGCGGUGGACCGAAACGUGGCCAAGGCCAUCCAGGAUAUGGUGCGCUGAAGCCUUGAAGGCUUCUCGGUCGCAAGGGGCGGCCAGCAGCUGCGCCCAUGUGCUAUCGUAGGCACGUCCAUGUGGUUCGCCGGCCGCCCGGCUGUCGGGCGCGCUGGAGCAGCGGAAGAGCGCGUUUUUGUUUCGUAGGCUUCUUGUGCGGCUGUUCUCCCGCUCUCUGUUUUCUGUCCAUCGUUUCCUGGUGCCUUCCCGUGUUGGCGGACGGCGGGGGCGGGCGGGAGUGCGCUCUUCGUCGCGCCGCCGGCCCCUUCGCUCGCUCGCUCGCUGGCGGCCGGCCGGUGCGAACAGCGCGGGCCGUUCGGGCGCCGCUGGUGUCGGACUGUGCGCGCGACACGAAAUCUCAGGAAAUAAAUACAUUUCAACUUUAAAAUUGUUUGAGUUUUCUUC